AUGCCAGCCACCCUCAAACUCACCAAAUUCACUACCCUUCACGCCCACAAACCCUACAAGUUCCUCAACAAUUUCCCUCCACCCGCCGCCGCUGCCUCCUCCGCAUCCGCCACCGUCAAUUCGAGAAAAAUCCCCUCGCUCAAGCUCUUUUCCGGCAGGUGGUACGGCGUAGGUCCAUGCGCAGCCGCCGCGCAUUUCGACGAUAGAUUUCUCCGUAAUCGGACGCACCCUCGGAAUCUAUGCUUCUUCACAUCCCAUUCUAGGAACGGAGGUCGGGACGGCCAUUUCCAUCGCGGGACUCAGAUGGGUGCAACCGUUCACGGGAAGGCCGGAAGCGAAUGCAACAAAUCCGACGCGUCGCCGCCUCCAAAUUGCGGGGAGAAGCCACCGGUGGAUCCGAAUAAAUUACUCACGUUGCCUACGAUCCUGACGAUUUGCCGCGUAGCUGCCGUGCCCCUGCUUGUCUACACAUUUUAUGUUGAGAGCUGGUGGGGACCAAAUGCCACAGUAGGAAUUUUCCUUGCCGCUGCCACUACAGAUUGGCUCGAUGGAUACCUUGCGAGAAAGAUGAAAUUGGGUACUCAAUUUGGUGCUUUUUUGGAUCCAGUGGCAGAUAAGCUUAUGGUAGCUGCUACCUUGAUAUUGUUGUGUACCAGACCAUUUGAAGCUGGCAUGUUUGGGCAAGCACCAUGGUUAUUGACAGUGCCUGCAAUUGCCAUAAUCGGUAGGGAGAUCACGAUGUCUGCAGUCAGGGAAUGGGCUGCUUCUAAGGACAAAAAGCUUCUAGAGGCUGUUGCGGUUAAUAAUCUCGGAAAAUGGAAAACCGCCUCUCAGAUGACUGCACUGACCAUACUUUUAGCUGCCAGAGAUGGAAGGUGCCGGAACCCUUGUGUCGUCUGGAGUAGUGUUACUCUACGUUUCAGCUUGGCUAUCAUUAUGGUCAUUGUUCGUGUGCUGAAGCAGGUCCACCCGGACAUCGGGAUCUCGAGCAAGGCCAUGGGCAUCAUGAACAGCUUCAUCAACGACAUCUUCGAGAAGCUGGCCCAGGAGGCAUCGCGGCUUGCAAGGUACAACAAGAAGCCGACCAUCACCUCCCGGGAGAUUCAGACCGCUGUGAGGCUCGUGCUGCCCGGCGAGCUGGCGAAGCAUGCCGUGUCGGAGGGGACAAAAGCCGUGACGAAGUUCACUAGCUCUUGA